CUGUCGUCUGUCAAAAAAAUUAUAUACUAGUACUUUCUUCAGUUAUUGCAAAUGAGUAAAUGUAUGUUCUCCUUAAAUUGGAUUAAAGUAGUGUUUAAGAAAAUUAUAUCAGAGAAAAAGUGAUAAUUGUGUUAUUAAAAAAGGAAAAAUGGCUACUCUCGGAGGCUCCUCCUGGGAAGAGCUUCGUAAACAGGCUCGGACACUAGAAAAUGACAUAGACAUGAAACUGGUGGCGUUCAGCAAGCUGGGCAUCAGCCCUGUAACCUCAGGUCUCAGCUCCGAGACGGUGCCGCUCAUAAACAGCGAGGACAUGUUUGAUACCAUGUCUAUGGAGCUACAGCAGUUGUUGAAUAAGCUAUCAUCAAUAAACGACAAAAUGGGUGAAAUAGCCCCGAAUAGCACGGCAACAAUGCACACUAUCAAGAGGCACAGGGAAAUCCUUAUGGACUACCAGCAAGAGUUCUCCAAAACCUCAGCGCGAGUGAGCGCGAGGCGAGAACGUGAAGAAUUACUGCGAGGCUCGAGUCCGCCUCCCGCCGCCGGCCUCAGCCGCCGCGACCAGUACACCAAGGAGGCCAACCAUCUGCACAGUUCCCACAUACUAGUGGACGAGCAGAUCAACAUAGCGAUGGAGGCGCGGGAGCACCUCACCUCGCAGCGGCAGACCUUCAAGAGGAUGCAGACCAGGUUCAACGACAUCACCAACAGGUUCCCAAUGCUGAACAGCCUGAUGUACCGAAUAAACGCGCGGAAGCGGCGCGACUCCCUCAUAGUGGGCAUCGUGGUCGCAAUCUGCACAUUCUUGAUGCUGCUCUACGCGUUCCACUGAUUAUACUGUUUACGCACAAAAUGUUACACACAAAUUGAAAGGGGCUACUUACACUUCAA